AUGCGACGGACGACGAUCGAGCGCGACGCGCGUCCGAGCGCGCGCGCGCGAUCGACGGCGGCGACGGCGAGCGCGGCGACGCGACUGCGCGGCGGCGUGCUCGGGACGGGGACGCUCGUCGCCGAGUACGCGCUCGCGGAUGGACAGACGUACGAUUUGAUCGUCGACACGGGAAGCGCGCGGACGUACGUGCCGUGUAAGGGAUGCGCGCGGUGCGGGGAGCACGCGCACGGGUAUUACGAUUACGAUCGGUCGAUGGAAUUCGAGAGGUUGGACUGCGGCGAGGCGAGCGACGCGACGCUUUGCGAGGAGACGAUGAAGGGGACGUGUCAGAGCGAUGGGAGGUGUUCGUACGUCGUGAGUUACGCGGAGGGGAGCUCGAGUCGUGGGUACGUCGUGCGGGACAGAGUGCGACUGGGGGAGGGGACGUUGAGCGCGAUGUUGGCGUUCGGGUGCGAGGAGGCGGAGACGAACGCGAUUUACGAGCAAAAGGCGGACGGAUUGUUUGGAUUCGGACGGGGAACGGCGACGGUGCACGCGCAAUUGGCGAGCGCGGGAUUGAUUGAAAAUGUGUUUUCGUUCUGCGUCGAGGGGUUCGGGGCGAAUGGGGGGGUGUUGACGCUCGGGAGGUUUGAUUUCGGCGCCGACGCGCCGGCGUUGGCGCGGACGCCGUUGGUCGCGGAUCCCGCCAAUCCCGCGUUUCACAACGUACGAACGAGUUCGUGGAAGCUGGGCGAUAGUUUGAUCGAGCAUUUAAACUCGUACACGACGACGCUGGAUUCGGGGACGACGUUUACGUUCGUUCCGCGAAGUGUGUGGGUCAGCUUCAAGACGCGAUUGGACACGCAGGCGACGCAGGCGGGACUAGAGAUCGUCGCGGGACCAGAUCCACAGUACGACGACGUGUGCUACGGCGUUUCCGCGGCGGCGAUGAACAUGACGUUGAGUCAAAGCACCGUGAGCGAGUGGUUCCCGCCGCUCACGAUCGCGUACGAAGGCGGAGUUUCGUUGACGCUCGGGCCGGAGAAUUAUCUCUUCGCGCACGAGACGAACUCGGCGGCGUUUUGUGUGGGUAUUUUUGCGAAUCCAAAUAAUCAGAUUUUAUUAGGGCAAAUCACCAUGCGCGAUACGCUCAUGGAGUUUGAUGUCGCGAACUCUCGCGUAGGUAUGGCGCCGGCGAAUUGCAGGCGACUACGAGAAAAGUACACCCACGAUUCCCCCGAGCCGACGCCGUCGAAUUCAUCUACGCCGAGCGGCGGUGGAGACGCAUUGACGGAGGUGUUUGUUUCACUAGGGGCGUUAAUCGUAGCGAUUAUAGGCGUUUGCUUCGGUUCAAAGAAGCUACAAAGGUCUGACGUGUUUGCGAACGCGUUUACGUGGGCGUCGAGAGGCAACGAAAGACAGUGGCAGCGGCUCGAGGACGACGUGUCGAUCGACGCGCAGAUAGAGAUGAGUGAUAUGCCGUAG